AUGUGGCCCAUCCGUUUCAUAGUCUGGGCCUUAGGACCCGCAUCGAUUCCGGUGCAUGCCUUCUCAGCGAAUGGCAGCUCAUCUUCAAUCCCAGCCAUCAAAGAUGACUGCCGGCGGAGUGACGACUUGCAGCUUGAUUUCCCAAAGGCAGUCAUUCGCGGUGUCAAGAAGAUGUCCGAGGAUGAGGGGGAGAAGUUUUUCUUUGAUUAUUGGGACUUUGAAGGGGCGGACGAGGUUGGUCUGACAGCAACGAACGAGACGUAUAGCCCUCAAAGCUACGACAACCACGAGGCACCGGAGAUCCAGCCUCGGGUAUAUCCAUUUCGGCCGUCGGUGCCGACUAAUAUGGGCUUCAGCCCGCUGUUUCGGCGAGAUUUCAAGUGCCCGACUGGCACUUUCGCUUGUAUGGCGAUUGACCGGCCGAACAGCUGUUGUGGCGCUGGAGAUACCUGUGUCCUGGUCCAGGACACUGGGUUGGGCGACGUAGGCUGUUGUCCUCAAGGCCAGACUUGUUCUGGCGUCAUCGGGUCCUGUCAGCAGGGGUACAUGAGCUGUCCGGCUUCCAUGGGAGGCGGUUGCUGUAUUCCCGGCUAUGAGUGUGUCAGUGGCGGAUGUAAGUUUCAGGUUGUUGACUCUGAGGCUCGGCUCGACCUACCAGCCUCUCCACCGCCACCACCUCCCAGAGCAGCCAGACAGGCUCAAUCUGUCCAACCGGGUUCUAUGCGUGUUCUGCUUAUUAUGAACGAGGCUGCUGCCGCACAGGACGAGACUGUGACACUACUUCCUGCCCUGCGAAGGCAUCGUCGACCAUCACGUCGGACGGUCGUACCAUCGUGGUGCCAGCCCAGACGACUACUGCGGCCAGCGGAACGGGACGAUGCGCCAGUGGCUGGUUUAGCUGUGCAGACACUGUGGGUGGAGGAUGCUGUCCAACUGGGUAUGCAUGUGGUUCCAGCUGUACCGCUGUAG